ACUGUAGAGACAGCUAUUUGAAAUAAGAUCCCGCUCCGGGCUCCCAAAAUCCCCGAAAUCAACUCCAUAUAACCAUCAUAUUCGUAUCAAAGAGUCAAGAAGAAGAACGCCUUAAAUUCCAGCAAAAAAAAAAUGGCGACUGUGUCAAUCACAAGUGAUCUGGAGCCGUAUUUGGCUUCGCUUCGCAUGUACUUGGAGGAUAGCCCUCUUGCGUCUGAAUCCGAAACUGAACUCAAAGGGAUCACGCCCCAUAUGGCUCGCCAGCCUUUUCGAAAUUCUCAACCUGAGAGGACUUGUGCAGGUGGCGGAAAGAAUAACCGCGUUGGUGUUAAAAAGCUAGCUACCAAGGAAGAUUCCGCAUUUCGACUUGGUAAAUGAUGCUCUUACCCUAGGAAU